AUGAAGGAUCUUUCCAACAAACAUACUCGAACCUCCCUUAUCUACCCAAGGAAGCGGCCAUCUCCUCAUGGCGUGUCCAAGAAGACGCCGUUGCUCCCAGCAUAUGGUCCUUCUCGUCGCUCGCCUCGCUCAGCCAAAUCUGCUCUCAUUCUGCAGCGGCAACGUGACGUGCACACCCUCGCCCUUCGGCGAGAAGGCAUCCUAUUGGAGGACGAAUACCGCGACGAAAUAAGAGUCUAUAUGCAUGAGAUGGAGCUCUUCACCAUGUCGUCGACCCAGUCUAUGGAUCAGCAGCCCGAGAUUAGGUGGCACAUGCGGCCGUGUCUCGUCGACUUUCUCGUUGAGGUUCACUUCAGCUUCCGACUACGCCCAGAAACGCUGUAUCUCGCCCUCAAUAUUGUCGAUCGUUACGUCUCUCGGAGGAUCGUAUAUAUCAAGCAUUACCAGCUCGUCGGCUGCGCUGCUUUGUGGAUCGCUGCAAAGUUUGAAGAUGCCAAGGACCGCGUUCCUACAGUCCAGGAUCUCGUGCAGAUGUGCCAUGACGCGUAUGAAGAGUCGGCCUUUAUCCAAAUGGAGGGACACGUUUUAUCUACCAUCCAAUGGACCCUUGGCCAUCCGACGGCUGAAGCUUGGCUUCGGCUCAUGUGCUGCGGUCCUUGCCUCGAGGAAGCUAAAGUGCAGCAUGUCGCCCGUUUUCUCAUGGAGAUAACCCUUUUCUAUCGUGAAUUUGUCAGAUUUGCUCCCUCGUCUAUCGCCCUGGCUGCACUCACUCUAUCACGAUUCCUUUGCGGCAAACCUCGCCGUCUAUGGGAGGAAUCAGACGAGUGUUUGGAGGUUGUCGACUUGCUGGACACUCGUCUCGGGACGCACGUCAAUGACUUGUCGGAGACUUUGGUGAAGAAGUACUCAUAUGCUUUCUAUUCGAAAGCUGCUACGUUUGUUGUGCAGUACUAUUUAAAGGGGGGUCGCUUCGCCGGACAGACGUGUUCGCCUUUUCCUGUGACCCCGACCCGUACCGUUGCAACCUCUGCGGUCAGCACCCCCAUGAGUGCCACAACGUCGGUGUCGGACACGUCCGAUGAUUUCCCCCUUACGCCAACGACGCCCGCAGUACUAUCCAGCGAGCCCUAUAUUACGAGUGAAUCCUUCAUGGAUUACAACUCUGACAAGGAGAAUGUACCGACAACUUUUGAGCCUGUCGUUAGUAAGCACAGACCGGACAGCCCUCUGGACCAAUAUCUUCCACAUGACUUUGUGACCUGUCGACCAGUGCUGCAGAAUCGCAAUGGGUCGCCAAGAUUUGCAUUCCCAUAG